GUGACUUGGAAUUCUGAUGCAAUCGAUUACAUUCUUCUUCUUCUUGUUCAUCUUUUUAUAAUGGGAAGUGGGUGCUUUGUGUGAAAAUGACAGUGCCCAUAUAAGCUCAAGUCUCUAAAUGCAGGAGCAGCAGCAACAAGAGGACAAAAAUGCUGUGCAGAAAGAGUGUCUGCACUGAUGACAGUGGAUCGGUGCCUGUGUACUUGAACGUUUAUGAUCUGACACCUUAUAAUGGCUACGCUUAUUGGCUUGGUCUUGGUGUCUACCAUUCUGGUGUUCAAGUUCAUGGGAUUGAGUAUGCAUUUGGAGCUCAUGAGUAUCCAACAACUGGGAUUUUUGAGGGGGAACCAAGAAAGUGUGAUGGAUUUACAUUUAGGAAAUCAAUUUUGAUUGGGAAAACGGAUGUUGGGCCUUUGGAGGUGAGAACAGUGAUGGAACAGCUUGCAGAGCAAUAUAGAGGGAAUGCAUACAACUUGAUCACCAAAAACUGCAACCAUUUCUGCAAUGAUGCUUGUAUUAGAUUGACUGGAAACCCAAUUCCGAAUUGGGUUAAUCGGCUUGCAAGAAUUGGCUUUCUCUGCAAUUGCGUUCUUCCUGUAACUUUAAAUUCAACAAAAGUUCGUCAUCACAGAAUCGAUGAGAAGGCAGAUGAAGAAGACGAGAAGAAACUGACAAGCCAAGCAAACAAUGUGGGCAUAUCAUCUACUUCUUGUUCUUCUGCAUCAUCCUCUCCAGCCUGCACAACAACCCGCAGGGGUAGAAGCCGAACAAGACGUCCUCUCCCUCCAUCAUCGCCUUUGAUUGUUGGUUCUUCAUCCUGAUCAUGGUUGUUUGCCGCACAGAUUUUCAUUCUAUUGACAAUUGCUUAAAGGAAAGAGGCAGAGUCAAAUUCCAUUUCUAUUAUUUCCUUCAUUCUUUAGCUGUGCCCUUGAAAUUGCCAUCGCCUUUGUACAUGUACAUUUAAGCAACUGAUGAUCUCUGCAUAAAUGAAAUGAAAGCUGAUCC